UCUUUAAUUAAUUCCUUUAACAAUGAGUAGUAAAAAAGUAUUUUCGUUAGUGAUGGUGAGGAAAGAAACCGAAAUUUUAUUGGGUCUUAAAUUAAGAGGAUUUGGUGUUGGAAAGUGGAAUGGCUUUGGUGGAAAAUUAGAACCGAAUGAGACAAUGAACCAAUGUGCUCUUCGAGAAUUAAAGGAGGAAUGUGGUUUGAACUCCAAAGAUUUACGACAAAUUGGAAUUCUUGAGUUCGAAUUUGAAGAUGAUCCUGUUCUUCUAGAAGUUCAUGUUUUUGAUACAUUUAUGUUUGAAGGAAACAUUAUUGAUACAGAUGAAAUGCGACCGAAGUGGUUUAAUUUAUCUGAGAUCCCUUAUGAAAGAAUGUGGUCAAGUAAUUCUCUCUGGUUUCCUUAUUUGUUUAAAGGUAUUCCAUUUAAAGGUUAUUUUCUUUAUCGAAAAGAAAAUUUAAUACUCAAAUACAAAAUCGAAGAAGUAACGGAAGCAUUUCCAUUGUGCUGAUUAUGAGCAGUUGUAAACGUCAUUUAAGUGCCAGUGCGAUAUGUCUGUAUUUUAUUUAUGAUAUUUAUUUACAUUAAAUGUAAACACAGUCAAUUUUCUAUUUUUCUACAUGUGAAUGAAUAAACGUAUUAUUAUUUUUAAAUUUAAA